AAAUCGAUCCGUAUAAUUAACAUACAAAAGUAAAAAGUAGUAUGCAUAAAAGUAAUCGGAGUUAAAUUAAAGUUUGCAGAUCAAUUCCGAGAAACAAAGCGUUUGGUAAAUAAAAUUAAUGCAGCAAUUGAAUUACAGACAGUCGCCUACUUUGUGUCUGCAAUUCCUUACUUUUCCAUAAAUCUGAUCAUGAUAUUUGGCCCAAGCGACUGGUCAUUGAAAGGUCCCGUCGUAUGUAACUUACUGAUCUAUAAAUUUAACUUGUGGCUCGCAGCAGAAGCAAACAGAAAAUUUUUUGAAUUUCGAGAGUUUGUGUAUGACAAUUGGGGGUCCGACGCAUCUACCGAAUUAGUCGACAGACGCAGCGUGUUAUUUUUGAACGAACUGGUGACAACAGAUUGUGGACUCAAAGGGUCUGGAUUUUUUACCAUCUCCUACAGCUUUUUAGGAAAUUCAUUCAGCAUUUUCUUGACGUAUCUUAUCAUCGUCUUCCAAUUUCAAGUAUCCAGAUCGAGAUAAAAUUAGAAACGGCAGCUUUCUUGAGCAAUUUAUCAACGCCCUUGUCCCUCACGAGGACUAUUUGUCAUAUUAUUAAUGUAAACAAAUUAGCAGAAUAGUGUCAACGCCCAGCAAAAAUACAUACAUUUUAUCGUCAGUAAUCGAUUGGUCAUGUUUAAUUCAAUUAAUUAAAAAAUUGUGGUCAAGUGAAAUGCGCAGUAUGAAAUGUUAUUCUAACAGUGAAAUUUCAAAGUUAAGUAGACACGCACUUACGUAGGUGUAAAAUUUUUGUAUCUGUACAAAAUGUCAAAGCUAAAUUCAAUUACUGUGCAUAAUUUUCAUCCAAUUCUGCCCGAAGUAUUUGCUUCCGAAGCUGUCGAGUUUGAUUUAAAGAAAUUCAGGCGACGAAACCCACCCAAAAUUUUCAAAACCAAUGUUCUUGGUAUUUACAAAAUAUUUUAUAAUUUUCUAUAUUAUAUUUACGUUGUACCAUGUAAAGUACAGUACGACUCAACCGAGGAUAGCAUACAAAUUCAUGGAUCGAAGUAUAAAAAGGGAGUCUGUAUUGUUCUUCACAUCGUUCACUUUAUCCACUCCUUACCACCCAUUUAUGGGUCAAUUAAUGAAAUAACGAUGCACGUUGGGUCCGACCCGUCUGAAUUCUAUCGAAUGCUGUUCAUAUUUGCUAGUUUCAUAAUGAUUAUGACAUUUUCUAUCGCUUGCAUGACACAAUUUCGCUUGCAAAGAUUUCUGACACAUUUAUACCAAUUCCGACAAAAAGAAACAAAGAGUAAGCACCGUCUUGUUGCAUAUUCUCUAAUUUUCGUAGGUUUCUCCAUCGUUGCAAUCUACGUCGUCACAUUGAAAAUUGUCAAGUUGGAUUUCAGAUCACUGCAACAGUUUGUAGAUUCUGGAAUCCAAGAUGUUGCGAGACAUUUUCAACUCAAUACCAACCAGAGUAACAUUUUGGAAUUUAUGUCGAAUAAUAAUAUGACACAAAUUAGUACCCAAUUAGACAUUGAAAUAGUUGGGAAGCUAGUUUUCAUUGCAUUGCACCUUUUAUUUGCCACGUUUAAUUAUAUUUUGGCCGUCAUGUUGGAGGUGUUGGUGUUCCUCACAUGCUUUGCAGUGUGUCAACUAGGAUACGACUUUUGGGAUGCAGUAAAGUCGGGGUCCUGGAGUUUACAAGAGCUCAUGCAGUGCUACGAAGAAAUGCAGUCGGUUAUGGACGAAUUGAAUGCAACAUUGGGCGUCCAAAUACUGUCGUUUCUGGUCGCAGGAAUUCCAUAUUACGGAGUGAACAUAGUCAAAAUGUUUGAUGAGAAUUGGUUUCAAAAGUUGGAAACUAUUUACUUCCUCUUGCUAUACAGUAGUGCACUACUUUUAGCUGCUGAGGGCCAUCGCAAAUUUCAACAAUUUCCUGAAUUUAUUUUCCACGCCCGUAAACAGUUUGGAGCAAAUCAUGAAGAACUUUCAAUUUUUCUUACCCAGAUGACCACGUCACAAAUUGGAUACAAAGGAUUCGGAUUUUUUACAGUGCGAUAUGGAUUUCUCGGAAACGUACUGGGUUUGGUGUUGACACAUGUAAUAAUUAUGCUACAAUUUAAGACUACUGGAAAAUGUUAAGAAUUUUGCAAAAUACAAAACAUUUGUAUUCAAAUGCAAAUCGAGUAUUUAA